ACAACAAAAACAAAAACAACAACAAAGACAACGGUCCGAUCGGGUUUUCGGAACACACGCUGCUGGAUCACGCCAGGGCCGCCGCUGCCGCGGUGGCGGUACGGGCCCCCACGGUGCAACAGCUCCAGACGCUGGCGGCCGCACGAACCCAGAAAGAACCGGGAAGGCGGAGCAUGCGGAUUACCUCCCUCCGCGACGUCAACGAGGUCAUUCCGCACUGGAACGAGCUCCACGACCACCUCCGGACGCACUUUUACCGGAAAAGCGUCCACCCGGACACCCUGUUUUUCGACGAGCCAGACGCGCCGGCACCCGCAACCACAACCACUACAACAACAACAGCGGCAGCAGCGGCGGUGUCUCCCGAAACCACCCUCGAAAGCGCGGGCGCCGAGGGCGUGCUUUCGUCUCUCCGCAACGCCGAUGCGGGCCGCAGGAACAAGACCCCGAGCGACACGGCCRACCACGGAUCGUCCUUCUUCGGGAACAUUGCGGGCAUACGGUUGCUCCCGAAACUCAGGACCAUGGCCAAGCCGAGGGUAUCCAGAGACCAAACCGGUGCCGACCCACCGAGCGAGGCCGGUACUCUCUCUCCUGCGCUGCCACCGCCGGAGACGGAGGAUGCAUGCACGACUUCGAAAGCGACACCCACACCCACAUCCACAUCCACACCGACAGCAACAUCGCCACUAGAACCCGACGGCGUCGAGAGCGACGACGCUUGCGCCGAAAGCCUUGUCGACGAACAGGGAAGAUCCGAGACCCCGGUUCUGGGACCGGGCGGUGGRAACAAGGACGRGGGAUUGCACGCGAAUGUUUCCCCUGGUAGGAGCAARGCSUUGUGCGCAGUCUGCUUGCAACAAGACGAGGACGAGGACAUCGACGACGACGAACUCUCCUGGCCGGCGUCCCCCCCUAGGGGCCCAMCCGGUCCCACGGAACCGGCGAGGCGGUCGCUGCCCUCACCRACCACGCCCAAGAACACCGCGAUCCCGGACAGAAAAGAAUCGGCGUACAGCACCCCCGCCCACCUCCGCAUCAUCAAGGGCAUCCACGGGAGCAGCGGAGGCGACGGGAAGGGACCCAAGAGCCCMACGCSUGGCGGGAUUGGGGACUCUCCGCUCCCGGACGAUCGCUGCGUGGCAACCCCCGCGGCGUGCGCGUAUUCCGACUUUGAGCCGAACUCGAUCAUCGUCGACCCUUCCUCCCGGCACCGGCCGGAAGAGCUCCUGGGAAGCCCCUCCGCCAGCGAGAUCCGGGCGAAGCACCUGGCCAUCCCGGCCAUCCAGGUGUCGCGGAGCGAGGGCGACCUCGGCCGGGCCUCCCGGACGCUCGCCCGGAGGACCAUUCGGUACCACUGGCAGCCCCAUGGAAGGGGAACGCCUUUGGUAGACUCGCCGACGACGCCCACCAACGCUCGGACCGACAAGCUUCUCAAGGCGGGAGCGGGAUCUUCUCCUUGCCAAUGCCGCGAACCGCCCUCCCCCCCCGGCGGCGGCGGCGGCGGCGUCUACCCGGUGUCGGAGUCCAGCAGCGGGGACGACGACGACGACGACCACCACCACCACCACGAGGACGACGACGACGACGACGACGACUCCACGGUCUCGAACGACCGCGUCCCCUUGUCUCCAAAGGUUGCGGCGGAAGCAGCGGCGGAGGCAGCGAUCGCCGUCGGGGAUCCGGUGGUCCCCCCGUACGGAGAGACGAUGGACGAAAAGAAGGAAGCCGACGGCGCUCUCCCGGGCCUCCGGGACGCCCGGGAAGGGGUGGCCCUCUUUGGUGCUUCCGGGACSCGCCGGUACCCCCUGAACCUCUUUCCGGUUCCGGACGAAACGAGCGACAAUGGCGCGGAACCUGCGAAACAAAAGCUCGGGGAACCGAACCCGGCUGCCGUUGUGGGCGGAGAGAGGCUGCAGACACGAACCCAACCGUGGGAGCUGGUUCCGAGAACCAAAUACGCCGAAACAGAAAAGCCACCGGCGCUGGCCGCGGGCGGCUUUGCGGAUCAAGAAGAGAURCCGGACGGAGCCCGCACGGCCGAACCAGCGGGAGAGAACGAAGCGAUCCAMGGGGACAACGGAUCGCUGGACGGCAGCUCUCUCGCCCGCGUCSAAGGCACAUCGGUUUGCAACGGGCUUCCGUCCGCCGACACGAACUUCACCGCUGCCGUUCGAACGGUGCAGGGGGUCUUGUCCCACCUUUCCCUCGGCAGCCCCAAAAGCCCGGCCGGAGCGGAGGGCUGGAAGUCCGAAGCCGACAACAAGGAAUUCCUCCGGAACUACUUUUACUGCGCCAGGGCCGAGGACGGGAACCAUGCGAAGGACGCUCACUCGAAGCGCGCGGAUGCCUUUGAGGCCGGCUUUGACUCGUCGGACAACCUUGGYGAGAGGCUCGCGUGCACGGUGCCCUGCAACGGACGGGAAUCGCCGUGCUACAUGUUUGGCAUGGACACCAUUUGUGGGUCGCUGGUGGACCUCCUCCCGAACCAGCACGACGGCGGCGGUGKAGACGCACCGCGAGCGGCCGGUGGCCCGUCGGCCCGGCAGGCCCCCCGGGGAGCUUCCUCCCGCGCCGCAAGGGCACGGGACCGGUCGUCCUCCAUCGCCGCGGGCCAGGCCGCCCCCGGCCCGGCACCCCGGACCCCCGGGGGCACCACCACCUGGCUGGGCGUCGUUCGCAGGGUGGCGUCCGAGCGCCUGCACAUCCGGUUUCCGGCGGACGCGGAGGGCGGCUCGGAAGCCCCCCAGCCGACCAAGCCGCAGGCCUCCUUUACCCCGCCCUGCCUCAGCCGCAAGGCGGUCUCGGCCCCGGCGCUGAUCCGGAGCCAGUCCCGGUGAGGGGCCGCGGAAGCGGCCGAAGGAUGCAGCGACCGCAGAGACCGCGGCAACCCAAUCAAACCACCGGGAUCCGCACCCUCCGCGGGCAAGUGCCAUCCUUUGGCACGGCGAUCGCGCGGGCCGUGGGACCGGACGAGACGAGACGGGACGAUUGGUUUGCCGCAUGCCGCGGUGCCACAAGGAUCUGCCGAGCGGGCGCUCUGUGGGGCUAGAAGAAUGCCGUGCCCGUACCAUGCGCGUUGCGAAAAGGAUGGCAGCAGAGCACGGCACAGUAAAGCACAGCACAGUAAAGCACAGCACGGCAGCAAAAUUCCGUUCAUAAUAAAAACAUCCUAUUGCU